CGGAGGCGCCCGGCGAUGGCCCGGAGUUGGCAGCGGGGUGCCCGGGGCUGGCGGAGGGACCCUGCCAGAGCCACUGCCCAACCCCGUGCCUGGUGAACCUGCAAGCGCCGUGAGUCCCCUUUCCGACAGAGUGGACACCGCACGCCAAUGGAGCGCUGGAGUUUCCGCAGAUGUGUCCCACAGCUCGCCCCAUCCACCGCCCUGUGGUCACUGCUGCUGCACCUCUUCCUGCGAGGAAUUCAGGCGGGUCACAUUGACUACACUGGUCCUUGUUAUGGACGGGAUUGUUCGGUCUGCCAGUGUUUCCCAGCUAAAGGAGCCCAGGGUCAGCCAGGCUUACUAGGAAGACAAGGUCCAACAGGUUCCCCUGGACUUCAAGGCCCACAAGGUCCACCGGGAGAGAAAGGACAAAAGGGAGAUCGCGGCCUGCCUGGAUUUCCUGGAAUUAAAGGAGAUGGAGGCGCUACUGGUGUUCCUGGCUUUCUAGGAUUAGACGGCAUUCCGGGUUUUCCAGGGCUGCAAGGCCCAAGGGGGCCUCCUGGAUUGGAUGGUUGUAAUGGAACUCGAGGAGACCCUGGCCUUCCAGGGAGUGCAGGAUAUCCAGGAAGACCUGGCUUGCCGGGAAUACCAGGACCAAAGGGCUCAAAAGGAGAUUCUCUAAUGUUUACCUUCCCUUUGAUGGGUCCCCCGGGAGACCCAGGAUCCCAAGGCCCCAGUGGCUUUCCUGGUGUUCCAGGAGCCUCUGGUCUUCCAGGUAUUGCAGGACCGAGAGGCCGACCGGGUUUUCCAGGACCUCCUGGUUUACAAGGGUUACAAGGUGACCAGGGCAUUGGAUAUCCAGGUCAAAAAGGCGAGAAGGGUGAACAAGGUGACCCAGGACAUAUUGAACUAAUCGAGCCUCAGGAAGAAAUUUUCUUCAAAGGAGAUCAGGGCGAGAAAGGCCCUCAAGGGCCACUUGGAUUUCCUGGAUUCCCUGGGCCUUCAGUUUUCCCCACAUUUCCGGGUGAAAAGGGGGAAAAGGGUAUUAUUGGCUUUCCUGGUGAUCGGGGUGAUAGAGGUGACCCAGGACCUCGUGGACUCCCAGGAACUCUGCUCAUAUCCUGUGACUCUCAGAAAGGAGAUGCAGGUAGACGAGGUUUACAGGGCAGUAUCGGUGAACAGGGGCUGCCAGGACCCCCGGGUCAACCAGGCAGGCCAGGUACAAUCGGAUCAGGUUUACCAGGUCUUCCAGGGUUUCCGGGUCUUGAUGGUCCUAAAGGACAGAAAGGACAGAAAGGCAGCGACGACUGUCCAUUACCCAGAACCAUCCCAGGUCCUCGAGGGCUGAUGGGUUCAGCAGGUCCUCCAGGUCUCCCAGGUCUGAAAGGCAGCCCAGGUUUCAUUUGUGAAACAACGGGACCUCCAGGGUUACCAGGUCCAAAAGGUAACGAAGGAGCUCCAGGUCCAAAAGGAAUCCAUGGUUUAAAAGGAGAUCCAGGAGACUGUGCCUGCAUGCCGGGUUUGACAGGAGACCCAGGACCUCCAGGUAGGCCAGGCAUUCCCGGAAAUCCUGGAAAUUCAGGAAGAAAGGGAGAACAGGGUGACCGUGGACCACCAGGAUCAGCAGGAUUGCCAGGACUUCCGGGACCUCCUGGAAGGCAAGGCACCCCUGGUGCAAAGGGACAGAGAGGAAUACCAUCACAGAUUGCAAAGAAAGGAGAGAAAGGAAAUCAAGGUGAUCCAGGACUGCCAGGUCCCGUUGGAAGACCAGGAGAACCCGGUCAACCUGGAAUUCUGGGAGCUAUGGGCCAGCUGGGAAUCCCACUUCUCAGAUAUUUAUCCAAACUACCACAAGCUGCUGUGGCUGCAGUACACACUCACUCCAGAAUGCACUGCAAAACAUCACCAUAUUUACUUCCUGAGCAGUUCCAGUCUCUGCCACUGACACCACCGAAAGGACCAGAGCAUCAUCAUGAAGGUGAUUCUUCGUGUCCAAGUGUCCAAGGGUCACAUGGUCCAAAGGGAUUUCCAGGGAUGCCAGGGCCGAAAGGUUUACCGGGAAAUCCUGGCAGACCGGGGAAUAUCGGCUUCGAUGGGCUCAAAGGCCUAAAAGGUGAAGCAGGGAUUCGGUCGUUUGCUGGAGCACAAGGUUUGCAAGGUUUUACUGGUGACCCCGGUCCUCAAGGACCUCCUGGACGAACAGAAAAUGGAGCACAAGGUUUUCCAGGUACGCUUGGUAUUCAGGGAGAAAAAGGUCCACCUGGUGACUCAUACGAUGGUCCUCCAGGGACCCCUGGAUCUCUCGGAAGAAGAGGAUCAUCAGGUGCAGUUGGAGAUACUGGAGGUCCAGGGCCACCAGGAAGGCAAGGGCGUGAUGGAGUUCCAGGAUUUCCUGGACUUAAAGGGCUCCAAGGCAAUCCAGGCCUAGUUGGACAGGCCGGGCCUCCUGGCCCACCCGGUUUCCCUGCAGAGAAAGGCGAGCCAGGCCCCAUUGGGCAGCCUGGGCCUCCCGGGAUACGUGGACCCUCAGGCCCAUGUCUGAAAGGGUUACCAGGAAAUCCCGGACCUUUAGGCCCAUCAGGGAUGAAGGGUCUUAAAGGAAUUCCUGGAAAUCUGGGAAUGCCGGGUUCAAUUGGCAUGCAAGGCCAACCAGGUCCGAUGGGCACCAAUGGGAUCCCUGGCUUUCUUGGUCCAGCUGGCAACAAAGGGAGCCAAGGCCUUCAGGGAUAUCCAGGAGCAACAGGUCCACGUGGAUUUCCAGGAAUUCCUGGACCACCAGGACAACCAGGGAAUGAUGGAAUAAGAGGCACUGAUGGUGACCUUGGAUUAAGAGGAAGAAAAGGAGAAGGAGGGGAUCCAGGAGAAAAGUCAUGGCCCCGAAUCAUUUAUGAAAAAGGCACUCGAGGAAUAUUGGGUGUUCCUGGUCAAAGUGGAUUUACAGGCUCAAGAGGUGAAAAGGGGCUUCCUGGGAACCCAGGUAUCCCUGGAUUGCCUGGCAGGCUUGGUUUUCCAGGCUCCGAGAAAGGUUUUCGUGGGAUGAGGGGACCAUCGGGUCUUUGUGGACAGCAAGGGCCAAUGGGACAAAAAGGUGGAAGAGGCAUUGUUGGAUUUCCAGGAAUGAAGGGGGACAAGGGUGACAGAGGACAACCAGGGUCACCUGGACCUGAAGGAACAUCUGGUUGUAAAGGACAAAAAGGUGAUAUUGGUGACUCUAUUAGUUUGAACGGAUUGCCUGGAAUCAAAGGGCAGACUGGUGACACUGGAGAACCAGGUGUCGAUGGUUUCCCAGGUGAAACUGGUUCUCCUGGUAUCGAUGGAAGGCCGGGUGCCCCUGGGUGCAAAGGGGUCGGUGGUGAUCUGGGUACUCCAGGUUUCCCAGGAUACCAAGGACCUCCCGGAGAUCCAGGAAACCCAGGGCCAACAGGAUUGCCUGGAAUCCAAGGACAACCAGGAUCUGCGAGACCGCCUGGCCCACCUGGUCCCAAAGGUCAACCUGGAGCACCUGGUCUACAUGGUCUCAAUGGUUUGCCAGGACAGAAAGGAUCUCCUGGACCUCCAGGACCAAGUGAAAGAGGGUCCCCUGGAUCACCAGGAUCAAUGGGGCUGAAAGGUGAAAAGGGCUCUCCAGGGCCUCCAGGAAGCUCCAGUCGGUGCCCAGAGGGUAGGAAAGGACCUCAAGGACCUGAAGGCCCCCCAGGUGUACGUGGGCCACCGGGACCUCCAGGUAAAAGAGGACCAUCUUGUGAUGUUCAAUCAACUGGACCACCAGGAGAUGAAGGACCACCGGGUUUUGAUGGCCCACCAGGUCCUUCUGGUUUCCCCGGUGACCCAGGGCUGCCUUCCUUACCGUUUCCAGGGGAUCCUGGUGAUCCAGGCCGACCGGGUCAACCUGGUGCUCGAGGUCCACCUGGAGAGCAGGGGCCAUGUGGCCACCACGGUCUUCCAGGGCCACCAGGUCCAAAAGGUGUAAUGGGUGACCAGGGCUUCGCUGGUUUCCCUGGGAUUGAUGGACCACCAGGACUUCCAGGUGAUCGAGGUGACCGUGGCUGUGUUGGUGCACCAGGAUCUCAAGGUGAUCCAGGCUCACCUGGUGCAAUCAUUACAGAUGGUGAAAUGGAUAAAAGUAAUCUUCAAGGAGACCCAGGGGCCCCAGGACCCAGUGGCUUUCCAGGACCACCAGGAUCAACUGGAGCUACUGGCCCCCGUGGCCCUCCUGGGAAACCAGGUCCACCAGGAAGCCCAGGAAUAUGUCCUCCAUUCUCGGCUGGGUUCUUGAUCGUGGUCCACAGUCAGUCACAGGAGGUACCUACAUGUCCUCAAAACAUGCCUCGCCUUUGGCAAGGAUAUAGCUUGAUUUAUCUGGAGAGCCAAGAGAAACCUCACAAUCAGGAUCUUGGUCUAGCUGGCUCUUGUCUGCCAAUGUUCAGUACUAUGCCAUUUGCAUAUUGCAGCAUUGAUGAAGUUUGUCACUAUGCUACUAGAAAUGACAAAUCCUAUUGGCUGUCUACCACUGCCCCUAUCCCCAUGAUGCCACUUGUCGAACGAGAGGUCGAAGCCUAUAUCAGCAGGUGCUCUGUCUGUGAAGCUCCUUCAGUCGCUGUGGCUGUACACAGCCAGGACCACACCAUUCCCUCCUGCCCUUCAGGGUGGCUCAGCCUUUGGACUGGAUACUCGUUUUUGAUGCACACAGGAGCUGGUGCCACAGGAGGAGGUCAGACCCUGGCAUCACCUGGGAGCUGUCUGGAGGAUUUCCGCUCGACACCGUUCAUCGAGUGUCAGGGGGCUCGGGGCACUUGCCAUUACUUUACUGAUAAAUACAGCUUCUGGCUGACAACUGUGCAAUCAAGCCACCAGUUUGUAUUAAAUACUCCUUCAGAAACUCUGAAAGCAGAACAAUUACAAAGACAACGAGUCAGUAGGUGUCAGGUUUGCCUGAAGCAAUAAAUCAUGUGACCUGCAUUGAAAGAAGGAAAGCACAUGGUAAGACUUUUUAACCAAAGGAUGAAGUCAGUGCAGGCCCGAAUGGUUAAUGGUGCUCAUUUAAUUUCUCUCUCUAAGCAGACCUUCAAUUUCAACUGUUUAUAAAAAGUAUAUCAGGAGAAUGUAAAAGGCAUACUGGCAUGAGCAUGCUUACAAUAAUCAAUAUAUUCAAAAGUGAAAUGUAAGGAGACUCGAUUUUAUAUGAAAUGUACAGCAACUUAAUUGACAUUGUUGGUGCAAUUUAACUUAUAGAUCUGUAAAAUUUUUUUUUAAAAGUUGAAAUAUUUUUGUCACCUGGUCUGAGCAAAAAGUUGUAAAAUUAAGAGGGUGAAAAACUGCUCAUUCAUAGUCAGAGCUUUUUAAAGUGGUCUGUAAAAAAACAAACUAUAUUAUUAUAGCAAGCAAACUCCUUGUUAAAAACUCAGGCAUGUUCCAAGCGGGGACUGUGCAAAAGCAUCUGAAAUCUGGAGGGGGUUUCAGCACAUUGGCUUGUGACAUUUCAACAGGGCAACCUCACUGUGACAUCACUUUUAGGUUUGAUACAGUGAGCCAGUGGGUGUGUCCCAGACUCUUGAAGAAGAUGAGGUCUGCAGUUGCUGGACAUCAGAGUCGAGAGUAUGUUGCUGGAAUAGCACAG